AUGGAGCGAGGCCAAAGCUUUGAAACAGGAGGUCAAGGAGCUCACGCGGCACAUCCAGUCGGCCCAGGCCCAAGGCUUCAUCAAGCCACAGGCCAAAAGCGCCUUGAGGAGAGGGCUCCGACCCGAGAUGCAGGCUUGGAAGUUCGGUUCCGCGCCCGCAGCAGCGAGUUGACGCAAAGCUUGCCACAGGCGGAGGCGCCAUCGGCGAAUGGGCCGGCUGAUGAGCAGAAGGCGCUCCGGGAGGAGGUUCAGGAGGAGCAGGCGCAUCGGCAAGAGCUCGAAGAGGAGCUGGCGAGCAUGCGGUUGAGGCUCCAGGCAGAUGCGGAGGCGAUGGAGAGUGAGAAGGCUGAGCUCCGGGCUGAGCUGCGGCAAGCGCAGGCGAAGGAGAAGGAGCUGCAGCAGGAUCAGGUGGAGCUCCGGCGGGAGCUAGCAGACCAGGUUGGCCCGGCGGAGGAGCCGAAGGCGCUGCCGUCCACAGCUCCAGCACCUCGCGCGAAGGCCCUUGCAGCUCCCACCAACAGCGAAGAGGCUGAGCUUCGGCGAGUGCUGGCGGAGGAGCAGGUGAAGUCUAAAGAAUCGGAGCGCCAGAAUCAGAAGCUGAUCGAAGAGGUGAAGGCACUUGCAGCUGCCACCAGAAGCGAAGAGGCCGAGCUUCGGCAAGAGCUCCAGGAGCAGCAGGCGAAGUUCAAAGAAUCGGAGCGCCAGAAUCAGAAGCUGACCGAAGAGGCGCUGCCGGCAUCCUCAACGUCCAUCGGGGAGGUUGAUCUUCGGACAGAGCUCGUGGAGGAGCAGGCGAAAACCCGAGGAUUGGAGCGCACGCGGGAUGUGGCCCAAGAGCUGAAGGAGGCAGCGCCAGCAACAGCCGCGCCCGAGAAGCUGGAGGCAGAGCUGCGGACAGAGCUGGGAGAGGAAAAGGCAAAGAUCUUAGCGCUGGAGAAGAAGGUAAGGGACAUGGAGGAGGCCGGACAGGGCGAUGAGUCGAUGGACAAAGCGGAGAAGGCCAUCAACCUCAACGAGUUGUCUGUCAAGGACACGCUUCUGGCGCAAGCCAAGGAGGAAGCGCAUGCGAAAGAGGAGAAGCACCAAGCUGAGAAGGAGUUGUUGCUGUCGAGCAUGGCGCAGAAGGAUUCGGAGCUUCACGACUUGCGCUCCGAACAUGCGCUGCAGGACCUUCAGGUGCAGGCCUCAGAGACACGGAUGCUGAAGUGCCAGCUGGAGAUGCAGGAAGACUUCUCCGACGAGCUGCGGAAGCAGCUUGGGGAGGUCCGGGAAGAGCUCUCGGAGGCGGAAAGCAUGGGCUGGCAGCCUCAAAACGUUCGAUCUAGAGCAGCUCAAGGUUUGAAGCCAGCUGCGCAGGCGCCCUCCUCCGUGUCGGAGGCUUUGCGCCAUGAGCAGGAGCUGGCAGAGAGCCUCCACCAAGAGCUCAGGGAGGUGGAGACUGCUGCCAUCGCCACUGCUGAGGCAGCAGAAGCUCGCAUCCUUCAGAUCGAGGCGCUGGACCGACGUGGCCGCGUGGCCCUGCACAUGGCGGAGUCCGCCGCGGAGAAGGAGGCCGCCCUGAAGCAGGACGCCAUCAAAGCUGCCUGCGAGGCGGAGGCGGACGUGGACACGGCACGCCGGGAGAUGGCAAAGCUGCGGCACGAGGUGGUCGAGCAGAACCAGGCGGCCUAUCGCGAGAGCGCGGUCUGCGACGGCCUGCGCCGAGCGCUCAUGAACUCCGUGGAGCAGGAGAUGGCGCAGGAGGCCCUCCAUGCUGGUGGCGCGGGACUAGCAGAAGCGAAUCCCACGCGGCCAAGGCCGACCCCGGCAGCGGGAACUGCGCCGUUCGAGCAAGUACCGGGCGAGAACUCGCCCCUGAGCUCUCCCCUGACCUCGCCUCGGGCGGCAGGUGUGGCGCUGCCGCCUCGCGCCUCCCAUGUCUUUGCCAGCCGACUGGCAAGGCAGGAGGACCUACGACACCACCUGAUGUCUCCCUCCGAGGUGAACGCCUGGAUGGAGCCCUCCAUGAUUUCGCAGCCCUCCUUGUUGAGCGCUGCUGCCAAAGAGGCUGCGAGCCUCCGCAAGGAGGCGGAGCAGCUCCGGCGCGAGGUGCGGCACUGGCGCGCCUCCCGGCCCGCCCGCCCGGAGCCGGCGCAGCCGGCCUCGCCAGGGCCGCGGACGCCUUCCAACCAGGAGGCGUCACAGGGCACCUCCCUGAGUGCGCUGCAGCCUGCGCAGGAGGCCUCGCGCGAGAGUGAGGUGAAGUCGCCGCGGCACGUGCCCACUUUGCAGGAGCAGCCGCCGCCAAGGCCCCCGCCCGGAAUGCUGGCAAAAGGUUCCAAGCAGUGA